AUUUCUGUAUGAUUAUCAGAUUCAUUGACAUUGAUAGUGAAGUGAGGGAGGCUAAGUGAUAAAAAUGACAGCUGCACAAUUGACUAGUAAGGCGAUAUAUAAUGGGUUUGCUGAAUUGGAAGUGAAAGAGGAAAUAUCCAAAUUCUGCUCGUUAAGAUAUUCACAUCGGCAUCGUAAUUCCUUUUCAAGAGUCAGUCGGAAUAGCUUGGGAUAUAUUUAUGGUGGCAACAAUUGUUCUUUAUCUAUUGAAAGAAGCAAACGUUUUUUAACUCCACCUGUCAUUUGCCCAAGGACGCGGAAAUUUUUAAGGUUCCGUAAUAAGUUAAGUUCAGAGAGUGGUGCAGAAGCUUCUGAUUUGCGGGAUACUACUGUAAAGGGAAAUGAUUAUCUCGCAAGCUCGAGUGGAGAAGUUUUUGAGUUGAAUGAGACUGUUCCCAUAAUAGAAAAUGUUNGGCCUGAUAUUUCAGGAUCUUAUGUUAGCAAUGAGCCUUAA